AUGUUAAUUCAAAUUAACUAUACUAUACUACAAAUGGAUAUCACUACUGAUCAUGUGAAAGGUAAGACACCAUCGUCUUCAACCAAUUCAAGUGGUAAUAAUGAUGAUGAUAACAACAAGAAGAUGUACAGAGGUGUGAGAAAGAGAAAGUGGGGAAAAUGGGUAUGUGAAAUAAGGCUACCGAAUAGCCGUGAAAGAAUCUGGUUAGGAUCAUAUGAUUCACCAGAGAAAGCAGCAAGAGCUUUUGACGCAGCACUUUACUGUCUUCGUGGUCGUCAUGCAACUUUUAACUUCCCUGAUACACCUUUCCUCUUGGAUACUACUGCAGUUUCUAAUGAUCCACAACAGAUUCGAGAGAUUGCUGCUAACUUUGCCAACAAAACACCACCAAUUGUUAUUGAUGGUAAUAAUAAUAGUAAUACUAAUAAUAAUAACAAUACUGAUCAAUCCAAAACUGUGACUGAAAUUAUUGGCUCUUCGUCUUCCACUACUACUACUAUGCAUGAUAAUGGUGGGAACUCCAUUGAUUGGACAUUUUUGGAUGUGUUGGAUGGUUCAAGUAAUGAUGCUAGUUUUGUUGGGUCUGAAAAUUAUGGUGGUUUCUAUUCUGAUCUUGAGAAGAUGAAUUCGGGUGAGUUAUUCAGUUUACCACAACAGCUACCACUAUUUGAGGACAAUAUUCAGAAGGAACUAGUUAAAGGUGAAGGUGAUGAUGAUGUUUAUGAUGAUGACCCUUUUUCUCAUCAACCAUUCCUUUGGAACUGGGACUUUUGAUCAUUCUCCAUUAAUUCUCUCUAUACUUUUGCUAAAUAUUUUUACUUUAUUUCCAGCCACUCUUGAAUUUUACUUAUUUUUGCAACCAUAUUCUAUA